GAUAUACGGUAUAAAGAUAGAUUGAAUCUUCCCGUGCUAGGUCGACUUACAUCCUUUAAAGUUGUAAUUUUCAUAGAAAAUGUCACGUUUUUUUCGAGCCGGAAGUUCUGAAAGUGAAUCUGAGGAAAGCGAAGAAGAAGAAGUCCAACGUCCUAAAGCAAACGUACCGACUAGAUCAUAUCAGUUUAGUGAUGAUGAAGAAGAUGCAAAACGAGUGGUUCGAAGUGCUAAAGACAAAAAGUUUGAGGUUCUUCAAGUUUCAUUGAAAAGUAUACGAAAUAGUAUGAAAAUUAAUGAUGUUGUUAAGAUACAAACAGAAUAUGAAAAUCUAACGAAAGGCUAUGAAAAAUCAAAAACAAUUAUUCAAAAAGAAGGAAUUCCAAACUUCUUCAUUAAAGGAUUAGCUGAUUUAGAAGACUUUAUUCAGCAGCAAUGGGAAGAUGCAGAAGGCAGGAAAAAGCUAUCAAAAUUAAAUGCAAAGGCUCUUGCUUCAUUGCGACAAAAAGUUAAAAAGUUUAAUCGUGAGUUUGAAGAGAAGAUAGUUGAUUACAAAAAGGAUCCAAAUAAAUAUGAGGAGGUAGAAGAAGAAGAGGAAAAUGAAGAGGAUGCAGAUCAAGAAUCAGAUUUUGAAGAAGUUAAACCUAAGAGUAAAGUUGAAUCAGCAAAACCUCCACGUGAUGAUGAUGACGAUAGUGAUGAUUUUUUCGGAACAGAUUCAGAUGAGUCAAGUUCUGAUGAUGAGCUCCCAGAAGGUGGUCGUCGGCAAUGGGGUGCGUGGAUGUUUUUAAAAGAUGCGUCUUCUAAAGAUGAUAAAAGAAAAGAAAAACGAGUUAAAAGAGAGCGCCCAAAAGAGACAAAGACUGUUCAAGAUGACGGUUGGACAGAAGUCUCAAAAACAUCAGAAAAAAUGAGAAUGUUAUUUCCAAAAGAUACUGAAAUUAAUCAUCAAGUAAUUUUGAAGAAAUUCCAUGAAAUUCUUGCUGUCCGAGGAAAAAAGGGGACUGACCGUUCUGAACAAGUUGACUAUUUUGUACAGCUUAAGAAUAUAAGUGAACAACAUAAUCUUGGUCCAGCUCUUUGUUUGAAGCUUUUGUUUAAUAUUGCAUCAGCUAUAGUUGAUUCUUCUAUGGGAACAGAUGUUGCACUUAAACCAGAUAUGUGGAACAGACUUUUGGAUACUGCAAAGGAGAUAUAUAGUCUAAUAGCAGCCAAUCCAAAUAUACUUUUCAAUCAAUCUGAGUAUGAAAAUGUUGAGGAUAAAACUCAGCAAUAUCAACUUCUAGAAGACCCUAUAACUUUACUUGAGCGGCUUGAUAAUGAAUUCACCAAAAUACUUCAAAAUUGUGAUGGUCACUCAACAGAAUAUAUUCAAAAAUUAAAAGAUGAACUUGAAAUUGUUUCACUUAUUGAUCAAGUGAUCCAACAUCAUGAAAAACAUCCUUCAUCACCAGAAACAUUAAGUCGACUAUAUUUACUUAGAAUUGAACACACUUACUUUAAAGUAGAUUUAAAGCAGUUGAAGGAAAUUCAAUCACAAAUUAAAUUAGUCGAAGUAAAACGUCUAAAUGAAGAACAAGGUGUUGCAAGUGAGAAAGUUGAAAGUAUUAAAGUUGAUAGACAUACUACAGUAGAAGACAGUAAAGAUGAUCAUGACUCUUCUCUUAUGUCUCGAAUGUGUAAAUAUAUUUACUCUAAUGGAUCAGAUAGAAUUCGAACUCGUGCUAUGCUUUGUCACAUUUUUCAUCAUGCUAAACAUAAUCGUUGGUUCGAAGCUCGAGAUUUGAUGUUAAUAUCUCAUUUACAAGAAAAUAUACACCAUUCUGAUAUCCCAACUCAGAUAUUAUACAAUCGUACUAUGGUACAACUUGGUUUGUGUUCAUUUCGUCAUGGAAUGAUUAAAGAUGCUCACAAUGCUUUACAAGAUAUACAAUCUACUGGUAGAGCAAAAGAGAUGCUUGCUCAAGGACUUAUGAAUCUAAAGAAUACAGAGCGUACCCCUGAACAAGAAAAAAUUGAAAAGCGAAGAAUGAUGCCAUUUCACAUGCAUGUAAAUUUGGAAUUAAUUGAAUGUGUUUUUCUUACUUCAGCUAUGUUGCUCGAAAUUCCAAAUAUGGCUGCUAAUGAAUAUGUCUAUAAAAGAAGACCAAUAAGUAAGAGUUUUCAAAACCAGUUGCGUCAUAGUGAGAAGCAAGCAUUAGUAGGGCCUCCUGAAAGUAUGCGAGAGCACAUAGUUGCAGCUUCAAAAGCAAUGAAGGUUGGUGAUUGGAAAAAAUGUAGGGAUAAUAUUUUAGCUGUCUCAUGCUGGGAACUUUUUCCAAAUUCCGAUGCUGUUAAAAGCAUGAUUACAAGAAAAAUUCAGGAAGAGAGUCUUCGUACAUACUUAUUUACAUACAACAAGGUUUAUGAUUCAAUAAGUAUGCAUAGUCUAGCUCAAAUGUUUGAUCUUCCAUCUUCAGUUGUCCAUAGUACUAUUAGCAAGAUGAUCAUUAGUGAAGAAUUACAGGCAUCUUGGGAUGAACCCACUGAAACUCUUGUCCUUCACCAUGGUGCUGAACCUACAUACUUACAAAGCUUAACUUUACAGUUGUCAGAUAAGUUGAAUACGUUAGUAGAACACCAUGAAAGAAUACUCGAUUUUAAGUAUGGACCUAUCUUCAAUAAAGAUGUACGAAAACCAGAUAGUCGCAAACCAAGAAAUGAUAGUAAGUUGAGCUCUGCGCAGCCUUAUACAUCUGAAAUGUAUCCUCGUAAAGUGGCACAGAAAAGUUUUUAAAUUAAUAAACAAAUAUGUUUGUGCUUAAAAAGAAGUAUUUUGAAAAAAAAUAAAUGACUUAUAUUUAUUUAGAGUGAUAUAAGUAUUUUAAAAUUUUUUUCCUGAUCCCUUCUCUAUUCACAAGAAAUACUUGUUUAUUAAAUGGCCAAGCUUAAGUUAUUAUAUAAUUAAUUUGUGAUAAUAUAUGCUAUAUAUUUUUAUAUGACAAAAACUUUAACAUUAAACUUAAGAACAUUCUUAAGAGGUUUAUGAAUAAAUAAUAUGUAAGUUAUAGAAUUAUAUUCUUUUUUUUAACGUUAUUUAAUUAAGUUAGUAGUUUUGUUUUGUUGACCAAUAAAAUUGAUAGACGCUGCUUCUUCGUAUAUCGUUUAAGCCAAAUUUGUUUGAGUAUGUGACGUCACUUGGUAGCAAAAACACAAAUUAGAAAUUUAUUUCAUAUAGAUAGAUUUUAUUACCUUAAUUAAAAAAGUAUAAUAUAUUUUUAUUAGAUAUAUUCUAAUAAAUACAAAAUAUAUCAAUUACAAAGUUAUUUCUUUAAACCUUUUUUUAAUUACUAUUGUAAUGAAAUCAAACUCUGACUUGUGAAAUGAUAUAUUUGUACCAGUUUUAUAUCUUGCUGUGCAGUUGUAUGCAACGUAGUUAAAAUUAUAAAUGCUAAGAGCAAAUGUGAUAUACGCCACUGCGCAAAAAAAAUUUUGGCUUAAUUUUUUGAUUAGCGUUAUGUAGCUAAGGCUGUUGUAUUGUUAUCUACUACUACUAAAGUUGUAUUGUUAUCUACUUUAUCUAUUUCACUCUAUCUAUUUCACUUUCUUAUCGCCGAUAUUUUGAACUGCUUUAAUUAUAUUAAAACGAAACGUUAGAGCCCGAGCUUUAUUCGCGAUAUUUGUGAAGUUGACUCCACAGAAAUGUUAACUAAAGCAAGAAAUGAUUGAAAUAAAUGACUUGAAAAGCGAAAUAAGAUACAAGAAAUUGUUUUUAUUAAUAUAUAAAACUUAAAAUAUUUUGGUGUUUAAACUGUUGUUAAUUUAUUCAUUAUUUAGAAAUUAUGAAAUUAUCUUCUACUUUUAUAGAAAUUAGGUUAUUUCUUUUACUUUAAUUAUAAACAUUGUUUAUUUUAGAUCGCUCUAUUACUCAACGACGAAGUGUUCAAAUUUAAUUUGUACAAUUCUUUGUAUUCUUUAUCUAUAUUAUCUAGUUAUAUCAAGAAA